GAUAAUUUAGUAGGAUAUAUUCUAUAUUGGAUUUAGUUGCGUAACUUCCUUCGAGCCUCGAACCUAACGCCGUUUGUUGUUGUUCAACAGGUGAUGAGGUCGAGGGAGCUCGAGAUGGAAGGGUUUCAAGGGAAGAUUGGGGUCGAGGAACUUGUCUACCUGUUGGGUGUGCGUGGUUGGGAGCGAGACAACCUACCCAAGGUUGAGAUCGACUUCUACAAAGGCUAUCAUGUUUCUGACUUCCUUGACAAAUUUGGGCAGAUAGCAUCCCACUGCAAGUGGAAUGAGGAGCAGAUGCUGAAGGAGGUUAUAAAGUAUAUCCAUAUAGGCUUGAAGAACGAAAUCAGUGGGCUGAUUAGAAGAGCGGGGUCAUCAUGGAGCAAGUUUUAUGAUGACAUGUGGAAUAAAUACCGGCUAGGUGGGGAACAACUGACCAAAGACGAUCUUGAGAGGAUGGAUCGAUAUAGUUAUGUGUCAGUGGGGCACUUCUUGGCGGAGUAUGAGUACACAUCGCGCAAGGUCUGGGCACUGUCUGAACAUGACAAGUGCUUUGUUUUCCUUAUGAACUUCACAGGCGCUGAGCAGCGAGACUUGAUUCGUGGGACAGAGGGGAAACUAAUAUGGGAUAAGAUCCGAGAGAACUUUGAGCAUGGGGAUUUCGACCAGUACCUCUGCCAUAGGAGUGAGCUUGGAAAGAGGCCAAAUGACCCUGCAGUAGGCACCUCUGAUGAUAAUAAAAAUGGAUUUCAGAAGGACGCUAAGGUCGUCAAGCGAAAUCACAGAUGGAGCAAGGAGAAGAAUAAGGAGCUAGAUGAUGAGAGAAAAGAGGUGCAGACUAGAGUAAGGAAUGCUGCAACUCAUACCUGUGAGAGGACGUUUGACGCUCCAAAUGAGAAGGGAAUGAAAGAGCGAAGAGUUCGAGAAGAAGUUGGUAUAGCCCUGCCGACCGCUGCGUCUGAUCCUAAGAAGUAGUGUGAUGACAAGGGCAUAUCGUCAACUAUAAGUUGAACCGGACGAAGAAAUAGAAGAGAGCGAGAACGGUGGGCGCAGAUAUUAUGUGCUUGUUGUGGGGAGACUGGUCAUACCCCUCGCAGAUAUUUCUAUUGUGAUCAGGAAUUGAAUGGUAUUUUCCACCUUUGACUUCUGCCCGAAUUGUCUUAAGGAAUCGAGGUUUAGAAUUGAUACAGCUUGGUAACUGCUUUAAUCAAGUUUUACGACGAGU